CAGCAUUACGCCAUUCUUCCUUCUUGGAAAAAUCCCUCAGCCUUAUACAAGCCUCCUUCAAGCCCUCAGUCAGUUGUGUGGGAGAAAGGGGGCGGUCGGCUUUCUCCUUUCAAGAACGAGUUAUUUUCAGCUGCUGACUGGAGACGGUGCACGUCUGGAUAAGGCGCAUUUCCACUAUGGGACUGGAUAUAGACACACGCCCGGCGGACUUCAAGACGCUCAGACUGCAGAGAAAGCCCUCCCCGCUGCCGCUGCCGCUGCCGCUGCCGCCACCCCUGCUUCUCAAGAGCCACUCUUUUCAUGAUUUUUCCUGCCAAACCAGAGGCACCGUCGCUGCUGCAGCCCUUCUCUGUGGUGUCAUUCAGCGGCUGGCCAGAGGAUGAGACUCCCCAAACUCCUCACUUUCUUCCUUUGGCCCCUGGCUUGGUUGGACCUGGAAUUUAUCUGCACUGUAUUGGGUGCCCCCGACUUGGGCCAGAGAUCCCCGGGGGUCAGGCCAGGGUUGGCCAAAGCAGAAGCCAAGGAGAGGCCCCCACUGGCUCGGAACAUCUUUAAGCCGGGGGGUCACGGCUAUGGUGGGGGUGCCACCAAUGCCAGGGCAAAAGGAGGCUCUGGACAGACACAGGCAAAGAAGGAUGAACCCAGAAAACUGCCCCCUAGAUCCGGUGGCCCUGAAACCAAAUCAGGAGCCCCUCCUCAGACUAGGCAGGCUGCAGCACGGACUGUGACCCCAAAAGGACAGCUCCCUGGGGGCAAGACUCUCCCAAAGGCAGGAUCUUCCCCCAGUUCUUUCCUGCUGAAGAAGGCCAGGGAGCCUGGGGCCCCUCGAGAGCCCAAGGAGUCUUUUCGCCCGCCCCCCAUCACACCUCACGAGUACAUGCUCUCGCUGUACAGGACGCUGUCCGAUGCUGACAGAAAGGGAGGCAACAGCAGCGUGAAGUUGGAGGCCGGCCUGGCCAACACCAUCACCAGCUUUAUUGACAAAGGGCAAGAUGACCGCGGUCCUGUGGUCAGAAAGCAGAGGUACGUGUUUGACAUUAGUGCCUUGGAAAAGGACGGGCUGCUGGGGGCCGAACUAAGGAUCUUUCGGAAGAAGCCCUUGGACACUGCCAAGCCUGUGGCCCCCAGUGGCGGGCGGGCUGCCCAGCUGAAACUGUCCAGCUGCCCCAGUGGCCGGCAGCCGGCAGCCUUGCUAGAUGUGCGUUCUGUGCCAGGCCUGGAUGGAUCUGGCUGGGAGGUGUUCGACAUCUGGAAGCUCUUCCGAAACUUUAAGAACUCGGCCCAGCUGUGCCUGGAGCUGGAGGCCUGGGAACGGGGCCGGGCUGUGGACCUCCGCGGCCUGGGCUUUGAGCGGGCUGCCCGACAGGUCCAUGAGAAGGCCCUGUUCCUGGUGUUUGGUCGUACCAAAAAGAGAGACCUCUUCUUCAACGAGAUUAAGGCCCGCUCUGGCCAGGAUGACAAGACUGUGUAUGAAUACCUGUUCAGCCAGCGGCGGAAACGGCGGGCCCCGCUGGCCACCAGGCAGGGCAAGAGACCCAGCAAACCCCUCAAGGCUCGUUGCAGUCGGAAGGCGCUGCACGUCAACUUCAAGGACAUGGGCUGGGAUGACUGGAUCAUUGCACCUCUGGAGUAUGAAGCCUUCCACUGCGAGGGGCUGUGUGAGUUUCCUUUGCGCUCCCACCUGGAGCCUACGAACCAUGCGGUCAUCCAGACACUGAUGAACUCCAUGGACCCCGAGUCCACGCCCCCCACCUGCUGUGUGCCCACACGGCUGAGUCCCAUCAGCAUACUCUUCAUUGACUCUGCCAACAACGUGGUGUACAAGCAGUAUGAGGACAUGGUCGUGGAGUCUUGUGGCUGCAGGUAGCAGCUCCGGCCCUCUGUCUUCCAGGGUGGCACCGUCCAAGAUCCCCUCCUCACUCUCCUGGAAUCACAGAGGGGUCAGUGGAGUGCGGCCAGAGUAUCUGCACAGCCUGCAGCAUAGGGGGGUUUAGCAGCCUCGCUCACGGCCCCGAGUGAGAUCCGGGGUAAAGAUGCCCUUCUAAGCCACAGCUCUCCCAUCUGAGAUGCCCUUUCCUCUAACCAGCAGGGAGGGGACAGACUCUGAAUGGGAUUCAAACCCCAAAGAUGAGUUCUUCAACGAGACUCAGACCACUGCUCUCCUCGCCUGGGCCUCCCCAGCCUGGGUUCUGACGACUGUGAAUCUCAGUGUUAUCCCAAGUACUUCUGGGGAGAGCCUCAGGUGCCAUGUCCUCUUCCCCUUUGAAUCACCUUUGUGCCUAACGACUUUCUGCCCCUGGGGCAGACGAGAUGUUGAUUGGGCUGGGGUGCUGGAGGGGGGCGGGAUGAGAGGGUUUGGGCAGGGGCAGGGAGUAUGAGCCUAUUAGACUAUUAGAUUAAAAUGUACAUUGAUGAGAUAAAAAGCAAAAUUGUGCUUAAAA